CUUCUCUCGGUCCACAGCACAGAUGCGUACCAGCAUAAACUAAAAACUGUGCAAUAACUGUGUAGGGAAAGUGUGCGGUGCUUCUAAGUGAGUGAUAUUAUCGAAACUAUAACAAUUUGUGCGGUCAUAAGCACGUGUAUCGUGUAGCGCUGCCCGGUGUGUGGCGAGUUGUUGGAGGAGUGCAGAAAGCAAAACAAUUCCUGUUUGUGCCUGUUUUGCAACCCAUCCUAGCAUGCCUGUGCCGAUGCAGAACAGUGCAGUGAAGUUGUUGAAUGUAGCAAAAGUGUAGGAAAAAGGGGAUGAGUAGUGCGGUGCUUAAAAGAUAAUCCGCGGCAAGGGUAAUGAAUUAAAUAAGAAACAAAGCUUCAUAGUUAAUGUAGAUAAGACAACAUUGAUUGAUGAUAAGAGGGAAAAAGAAACAAAACAAACCAAUUGAUCGGGCUGUAUGUGUGUGUGUCUAUGCUGUGGAAUGGAUUGGUGUAAAAUUGUGACUCCAAAAUUGAAUGCGGCAUCAUCAGUGCGGGGUCAAUGAAAAGUGAGUUGUUUCUUUGAAAAAUACACAGCCAAAAGUGCAUCAAACAUCGAAUGCGCGACGCUCCUUUCUUCAGCUUGAUUGACGGGAUGAUUUGAUGAGCUGCGGGAGCAGUGUUGUUCGUGCGGAGCGAAUUUUGGCGUGAGCUUUUUCUGGCAGUUGUCGAUUCAGCACGCGGGGCACACGAGGACUGCAGCCAGCAGCAUGGUUUUGUGAAGGGUCACACACAUAUGGUGGCAUUUUUCCCCGUCCAUCAAGGCAAUCCUCACAACAACCCUCAUCCCGCAACCAGGAUGCCACCGGUUGCAAGAUAAGACUCCCGGCGGCAGCAGCAAUUCUCCGGGAACGGGAUGUCCGGGUUUUAACCUUCGGGGCAAAUAAAAAUAAACCCCUCCAGAGAAGAACCUGCGGGACAGCGAGUGUACAGAUAGACACACACGCCGGUUUUAUGUGUGAGUGUGUAUGAAAGUGAAGAUCCUUAACCCAAUUGGAAGCAAACGAGCCAAAGCCUCAUAAGACUCAGAUGAGCUGGUGAAAGGAGCAGUGUUGCGUGGGUUUGUGUCUCUCGCAAAGAGACGCGGUGCGAGUGUGAUUAUGAUGUGUGGCAAGUGUUAGAAACCCUUUCGAACACCCACUCACUCACACACACACACAUACAGAAAACGGUGUGUGCGUGUGUGCUGUGUUAAGGACAUUGUGUGUGGUGGGGACGCGCGUGCAUGUGCAUCCGUUACGAUCUGAAGCCGUCCCACGACCACGACCACCACCGCCGCCAGAAUGUCGUGCUGUGAGGGCACUCGGUCGCUGCACAAGCGCUACAAGAUAUCCCUGGCCACCGGUGGAAAGGCCGGUCGGAGUGAGCCGACGACGACGACAGCAGCGGCAGCAACUUUAUCACCAUCACCACCAGCGAAUGAUAGCAGCCGGGUGUGCGGCAUGGCGAUCGCGGACCUUACCACGCGCCACAGUGAUAGUAGUAGCGGUGGCGACCGCCGGGCAGACGGUGCCCGCGACACCGACCUUAGUAUAAGCACUACCAAAAGUGACCCCCGGUUUAGUAGGAACGACAGCAGCAGCAGCAGUAUUAUCAGUCCCGCCCGCACACGCCGAAGGACGACGGGGUCGGACACGGCCCGAAGGAAGUGUGUGGUGGUGGGGUCGCCGCGGACCGGCUGGACUGGCCAUCAGCGGCGGCAUGUCGGACGGCUGUUGGUAGUUUUUGUAAGUAGCAUUCUGCUGGUUCUGCUAUCGGCGCCCGACCGUGCCGGUGCCGUACUGCUCGACACGAACGGCGGUGUCGGGGGCGCUGGGGAGGGCAAAGCGCCGGUGCAAGCGUUUGGCGACGAGCUCGGUGGGGUGAAUCUGGAGCGCAGCAUAGCGGCAGUGUUUAGCCGGGUGGCGUACGGGUCGACCACCACCACCAAGCGCAGCAUACCGGACAACGUGUACGUGCCGAGCCUGACGACCGUCUCCACGCCGCUGCUGACCACGUUCAGGUACGACAACAAGAACAAGGACGCACUGGGCGGAUCGAGCCCGGGCGGUGGCGCCGGACUCGGCGAGAAGGACUCGCACUACAACCAGCAGCAGAUCAGCGCCAACCACCGGAACUACGAGCUGGAUCUCGAGCGGGAUCACGUGCUGCCGACGUCGGCACCGAACGCGGAAAUCCUGAAGAGCAACAGCAACCCGACCUACCCGAACCCGAACCGCCAUCACAACCACGAUCGUCACCGGCACUCCAACUCGACGCCAUAUCCGCACGGUCACAAUGCGAAAAAGGGCUUUCCAACCAACUCGAUGUUCGCGGGCGAUAUCCCCGCGUACUCGCCACCCUCCCGUACAUUCUUCACGCCACCGCUGCCCCGCAACUACACCAACCCGUUCGCCGACAAGCCAACGCUCCGCGGCACCAACAGUGACAGCACGAUCAUCAACACGGGAACGUACGCAAACCGACGGCCACUGCCACCGCCCAGCCUGAUGCCGGGGCACGAGCGAAUCCCGAUGCGUCCGCCAGAUCUUGUUCCUGGUGCACCCGGAGCUGGUAAUCUCGGCGGUGGAAUGGCACCCCUGCCAAACCCUGCUGGUAAUGGACCCUCCUCGAAGGUUGGUCCGGAUAAUGGUGGGUUGUUACCGGCAGGAUCUUCCGGUCUACCCAACUCCCAAUCGAUGGACGCUCAGCGCAAGAAGGCGCUCAACACACCCUCGGAGAAGUCGAACAAGCUGGAUGCGGCCAAGGGCGGUUAUGACGGUAAUAGCAAGCUGUUCCUGCUGGACGAGAAUGCCAACUCGAGUGCGAUCUUGCCGAACGGGAUGCACUUCCCGUCGAUCUCGCGCAUCCUUUCUGGCUCGAACGGACGCCCGCAGAUGAUACCGGACGUACUGCUGCGGUCAGUCACUUCGGCACCUCGUCCGAAUCAGCCAGCGUACGACCUUGGAGGAGGUGGUGGAGGUCUCGGUGGUGGUACGACUUCCCUCAGCAAUGCGAAGAAUCCAGGCAGCAGACCGGGCGGCUUGGAUGGCGACCGCGAUCGAGAUGGUGGCGAUGGUGGAGCGUCGGAAGGACCGGAAGGUGGUGAUGGUCGUCGUCACUUUGAGGAUGACGAAGGCGAAAACGACGAAGACGAGGAAGAUGAAGAGGAUGAUCCGUUUGAGGAGGGUGCCGCACGGCAGCAACCAUCCGGCGGUAGUACCUCACACAUUGCCACCUCCACCGUAUCGUCCAUGCACGUGCAGUCCUCAUCAUCAUCCCCGAUUACCCAGCGGAUGCCCAACCUGAACCUCAAAUCCGUCAUGAUCAAGAACGGCACGGGCGAGGAGGGGGCGGGCGGUGGUAAUGCCGGUGGAGCGUACGGGAACGAUCGCAACUUCCAGGGCGAAAUCGCCGACAUCAGCACGUGGACGAUCGCGUGGAACGUGCACGUCUAUCUGUCGGCCAUCCUGUUCACCAUACUGGCCGUCUACUCGAUCUUCAAGAUCAUAUUCUACGACAAGCUGACGCACCUGUUCUCGCAGGCGUACUUCAUCAGCAUCCACCUGAUCCUGAUCAUCAUCUGUCUGCUGCGCAUCUUCUACCUCUGCUACGAUGCGUACAACAUGCACUUCAGCUUCAACCUGUUCGUGUCGGAGCUGCUGCUCAAUCUGCCCCUCACCUUCCUCACGACCACGUUCGCCAUUUUGAUCCUGUUUCUGCUGUUGCGCUCCAUCAACCACAAGACGAACCGGUACAGCUCGAUCCUGCGCCCGCUGACGAUUAUGAUCGGGUCCGGCGUGCACGUGACGCUCUGCAUCACGCUCCAUCUGGUGGAGUCGUACGAGACGAAGCAGUUCUACCACAAGCAGCAUCAGCUGCAGCUGGCAAACAAGCAGCUGCUGGGCGCUGGGGCCGGUAUGGGAGGGCGGGGCGGUGGUGUGCAUGCCCCUCCGACCAACAUCCAGAUACCGCCGCGCGUCCUCUCGCUCAUCUGCCAGAUCAUCUACAUCUUCAUCUGUCUCAGCUUGGGCAUCCUGUACCUGUACAUGUACCGGCUGCUGAAGCGCAUCCUGCACAAGAGCCAGAACUACAUCCACGGCUACAACAAUCUGUCGUACGCGAUCCACAUCACCAUUGCGACGGCACUGCUGUUCAUUCUGCUGGCCGCGCUGCAGAUCUACGGUGCGAUCAGCAUCAGCUCGCAGACCCGCGUAAAGCUGUCGCCAAGCAGUGGGCUACCGGGGGAUGUUCCCGGCGGUCGUCCCGGUGGUGGCGGCACCGGUGGUGGUGGCACACUCUGGGCGUCACACAUCGAGAUCGAUUGGUUCCAGUGGGGCUACCAGUUCAGCAUACGCUUCAUCGAGAUCGUGAUCGUGGCGCUGCUGUCGUGGGUGACGGGGCUCAAGACCGGCACCUCGAAGGUGAUCCAGCGCGAGAAGGACAUGGAGCAGCCGAACGCGAGCGGGUUCGCCCUGUUCCCGUGCACCUCCAGCUCGAGCCAGGAAAACUUCGAAACGGACUACCCGGCGGUGUGCAACACCAACCGCAACCUGCACACGUACACGAUGCGCACGGGGAAGCCGAUCUACGACGACAACUUUGCGCUCAACUCGCUCAACCUCGAGCCGAACAAUCAGCAGGACCUGCAGCUCGGACCGCCGGGCGGUGUCCCGGUCGGGGCGAACGAGUUCCAGCGCUCGCUCGAAACGAACAGCAUGCGCUCGUCCUCGCACAACUACAGCAACAACUACAACGGCAGCAGCAGCAACAACGAGCACGGCAUCGUCGGUGGCGGGCCCGACUCGGCCGACGAUUUCCUCAACGAGACGGAACCGAUGCCGGAUCACUACGAAAACCCCAACUUUGAGCUGAAGCAUCACCACCAGCAGCAGCAUCACCAUCAGCACAGUGGUGGUGGUGGCAGUGUGGGCGCUUCCUCCAACCAGUACCACGACAUCAUGGACAACUGCUACUCGGAACCGAUCGGGGCGCCCCAGUACGAUACGAAGUCGCUGCGGGGCGGGCAACCAGCCCCGCCGUCCGGGCAUCCGAUGGCACCACCACCGCACCAUCGCAACUACGACUUCCAGAACUUCGAGCGGCCGAACUUUGACCCGCAGCACCUGCCGCCGGCGGUCCCGCAACCGCACUCCGCGCUGAGUGCCGCCCAGUCGAUGGCACGCGGUGAGUUCCGGGCGUCCAAAAACCUGAAAACGCUCAAGAGCGGUCAGCUACAGAACGAUCUCGGCGGUGGCGGUGGUGCGAACACGAUGGGCCAUCAUCACUACAACCACCAUCAGCAGCAGCAGGGCGGCGGACCGAUGGUGCCCGGACCGGGCGAUUCCUUCGACCGGCGGAUCGGGGUGCGGAAGAGCGGCACGCUGAACAACAUCGGCGCAAUGCACUUCAACCCGCACGGUAGCGGACGGAACAACAACUCCAACUCGUCGGCCUCUUCGUCCUCCUCGAACAAUCGGGCGGUGCAGCAGCAGCAGCAGCGCCGUGCCGGCCCAAUGUCCGGCGCACAAACGCUCAGCUCGGCGGCAGCCCAUCAUCACCCGCAGCAGCAGCAGCAGCAGGGUGGGUUUGUGGCCCAUCCGGGUAGCUUCAACGACCGGCUACUGAACGGUGGCGGUAUCGGGGCCGACUCGCUCGAGCGGAUUGCGGCCCACGAUGGCAACUUUGACGACGGCGGCAGUGGCAGCGGCACCGGUUACUACCACAGCAAAAAGCGCUCCCGGGACUCGUCCAGCUCGGGGUACGCGGGCGGCGGCCCGGUGGUGGUGCCGUACGCGACCAGCAACGAUCAUCACCAUCCGCAUCAUGCGGCGCACCAUCACGAUUCGUCCUCGUCGCCGACGGCAAGCCUCGGCGGCAGUGGCAACGGGACGCCCACCUCCGGUCCACCGAACGGGGGCGGCAUCCUGCCCGGGAAGAUUGAACCGCGGGCGGCCCAGGACAACGGCAGCAUGCUGGUGGCGGAGCAAGGGUUUGUGCGGUUUCGGGCGCUCGAGGAACCGGCGCUAGGGUCGCGGACAAACCUGCGCGACAAGGGUGGCAAGAUGUUCAUCAAUUCGUAAGGCGCAAAAGAUUUCUCCCCCCUACGCCCCACAUCCUUUUCCCCUUUCUUUUUCGUCUCGCUUUGACCCCUGAUAGACGUGGACCACGUGGGCACGAUUUGGUGCGUAAACUGUGCUGUAACGUACUGGUGUGUUUGUGUUAGGGAAGCUCAUACAUUGCCGUUUUAGUUGUGUCACAAUGUGGCAAACACAAACACACAAAUAGAAACAAAUUGAUCGAAGGAGGCCGUGCCGAUGGGAGACAGAGAGAGAGAGAAAGGAAACAAUUCCGUGCUGUGCAUGUAAAUAGUUUAGUAGAGGUGUGGGGGGGGGGGGCGAACGUGUUCAGAUGGGAAAGGACUGAUCUAUCCCUCUCACGCAGCUCACUGAAUUGAAGGGUGGGAAUUUGACUUCUUCCUUCCCCCCUUUAAUUAACACCCCCCGAAGACGCAUUUCUCUUCUCUCGCCUGGGCCAUAAUUCUUUUAAUAAGGAUAAUUGAGCACACACACACAUUCACACGUACACAAACAGCAAAAACACACAGCAGUAGCAGUAGUAGGCUCUGGUUGGUAGUUUCUUUGCAAAAAGAAGGGAUACGAGCGGAUGCGGUUGCGGACGUGCUGGGAAUUCGUAAUCUCACACCACCCACAACAUCAUGAUUUCCGACUCUCCCCGUGUCGCAAUUAGCAACUUUUGGCGCUGACACAAUGUGUUGGCGGGGAUAGAGAGCCCCUACAUUUAGGCGCGAGGUGAGUGAGGUGUGUCUUAUUAAGCGUCUUUUUGGUGCUUUUUAAGGCAGCAGCAGCCAGCAGUGCAGUACAAAACGAAGAGGGGGCAUCCCUUGCGUUUUUCAGUAAUUUAAUUACACACAGACACACACAAACAAACACUUUAAGAGGGAGAGAAGGAGAGAGAGAAGGAAAGAGAAAAAGAGAAGGUAAUAGGCAACUAUUAGGCAGCCGUAAACUUAUUGUGAUGAUUUAAUCCGUCGUCUGUAGAGCAGUGGUGGUAAAUAUUUAGCCGAAGCAACCAACAACCAAUGUAAGUUUCCUUUCCCCUUUCUCUCCCCACCUCCAUAUGUUCUCCUGCCAAGUGUACAGAAAAGAGAGGGAGAGAGAGAGAGAGAGAGAAGAAAAACAAUAGAUAAUAUAAUUUGUGUCGUCCCUCCGCUACUUUCUUGCCAUAUAUACAUGUGGAUGGGAAUGGGAGCAGAAGCUAAAAGGGGAAACUCCCUGUUAAGCCACACCCUCCUACCCCCAGUAGCACACCGUAUCGCCCAGUCACCACGUGGUCAUUCUUUGCUGCUACAGCUAUCCCCUCCCACCUUCCCCCAUCCAUGCCGAUUUGCGCGCAAUGCUAUAUGAUGAACGUCGCCUCUCUGGCGCGCCGUAUGUGAUCGUGUGAUUCGUGAAUGUUUUCUUUGUUUUUGCGGACAAAAGAACAACAAGAAACGCUAGUCUGUUUUAUAUAAAUGUAACACACCCUCCCCCCCCCCCUCCCCACUGUACAUGGACCUGUAACUAUAUAGCUAUAUAUAUAUAUAAAUGUAUAUGUGAAUAUCGUUUUAUUUUUUAAACUAUUAUUAUUAUCUAAAACAUAUUAUAGUUCGGAUGCGCAUAUAUAUAUAAAUAAGCGAGGUUAGUAUGUAAGAGUGCGCGCGCGCGUGGUUUAUGUUGGGUUGUUUUUUUUUUUUGCUACCUUUCUCAAUCGAUUUUACUUAUCCUUUCGGUGCAAAACGGAAGGGGGAGAUUAAGAAGAAGAAAACACACACAGACACACGCAAGAUGUGAAUGAAAGGAUGUAAAGUAAGGGGAAGGUUUUAAUUCGUUCUUAAUUAGUACGUACGCAACAGUCGGAACCGACCACAAGCAGAGGAUCUGCCGAAAGCAUUUAAGCAGCAUUAUUACCUUUGUUGGUUUUUUUAAAGCAUCUCUCUUAAGUCGAGCCUUUAUCUUGGAUAGUGUGUUUUUUUCGUUCGAUUUUUAACAAACCCAUUUUGCCCACUUGUGUGCAUAAAUGUGUGUGUGUGUUGCCUGUUCGGCUGCAUUCCCCCUCCCCAACAAAAAAGGAGCGUGGGAUAGCGAAGUUGAAUAGUAACAACAUAAUGAAAUACAUGGCGCUACAAAGUUGAAGGCGCACACGGAACAAAACGCACGAAAACGUAGCUACUUAAUAGAACGGUGUGCGGCAACGAGGGCAGGCACUGUCUUGUAAUGCUCUUGUGCGCCCCGACGAAAUGCUUAACCAGGAUCUCCUCCCCGCUCCCCCCGAGAGGUCCGAACUGAAAUGAAAAUGUGUGUGUGUGUAAAAAAAAGAAGAAAAGCAAAACGAGGAAGAAAAUGAACAAAAUGUUUGUGUUUCCUUUCCAUUUACUCCCACUCCACCGCCCAUCUCAACAUUUCUGUGCUAUUCUCUCUCCCACCCGCUCGUCAAAGCAGUGUGUAAAGUUAUACAAAUGGCAAAUAGUUGAAAUAAUGAAGAAGCCCCCAUAAAACAGAACACUAAAAAAGGUGUAACACAAUUAGUAAAACAAAACAGGCAAAGCUGGCAAAUGCUCAAAAUCUUAGUAAAAGCAUUUCCUUUCCACCCCAUUUCACAUUUUCAAGAAAGAGUGUAAGAAUGAAGAAGAAAAAAGAGGUUAAAAGAACAGGAAAUAAUCAUAAUAAAGAGGAGAGAAACAGAGUAGCAAAAAAAAAAAGAACACAUAAAAACAAACGAAACAAACCACACACAAACAAACACAACAGGAUCCACAGAAUUUCUGCUAGCAUUUAAGAGAAAGAGAAAGAGAGAGAGAUGAUUAGUAGAGAAGUGUAGCCCCCAAAAACAACAACCCACGACUGGUUCUAAAAGAACAAGAUAAAUCUGUGACAAGAUUUGAUUGAAACCACGAAAUGGCCGAAACCGUUUGUUGCAGCUAAAAAAAAACAACAAAAUAAUAAUUACAAUUUGCACCAUGCGCCCAAUAGAGACAUGUCGAAAGAAAAAAAAGUGUGGAAAAUGGAGGUGGAAAAAAGGCAAGGCAAAGUACGCUAAAAAUGUAACAAAAAAAACGAACAAAGAAAACACAAACACAAACACAAGAGAAGAAGAAAAACAACAGAAGAAAUAAUAUAAAUAAACAAAAGGUAUAUAAAUAUAAUUGAUGAAAACUGAUUAGAAAACGUGCGUGCGAAGUGCGAAGAGGAGAAAUAAACUAAGAGAGAAAUAGUGUGUUCGAGUGUGAGUGAGUGAGAGAGUGAGUGUGUGAGGAUGAGUGAGCUACUAUGAUGUAAGCGAAAUAAGCGAUCGAACAAGAGGUGAUCACGAAAGUUCGCCAGUAAAAAAAAGAAGAAGAAUAAAUCGUACACACAACAAAACACAAACAUGAUAUAAGAGAGUAAGAGAGAGAGAGAGAGAGAGA